GUGCGGGGGGCGGGGAGCGGCGGCGCGGCCAUGGCGGCGGGGCCGCGGCGGGGCCCGCGGGGCUCGGCCGUGCUGGAGCUGCCCCGGGCCCCGCGCCUCGUCUGUGUGGAGUACCCGGGGCUGGUGCGGGACGUCGGGGCCAUGCUGAGCACGCUGGGAGGAGAGCAGGGCGUGUCGCGGAUCUACGCCGACCCUGCCAAGAGACUGGAGCUGUAUUUUCGCCCCAAGGACCCCUAUUGCCACCCUGUGUGUGCCAACCGCUUCCCCACCUCCACCAUGCUGCUCAGGGUCAGGAGGAGGAGCAGGAGGAAGAAGCAGCUGGACACUGAGGAACAAAUCCAGCCAGAAGUCCAGUUUGAGAUGGAGAUCCUUGGGAUUGUCACCACUGUUUACAAAUUUCAAGGAAUGUCUGAUUUCCAGUACCUGGCCAUGCACUCUGGUCCUGAUGGCAAACAAACCUCCAUGUAUGACAAAGUCCUGAUGCUCAAACCAGAGAAGGAAGAGUUCUUCAACAGGGAAUUACCUCUUUACAUCCCACCACCAAUUUUCUCACGUCUGGACACUCCCAUUGACUAUUAUUAUCGUCCAGAUAUUCAGCACAGGGAGGGAUACAACAACCCCCAGGUGUCUGCUGAGAACCUGAUUGGCCUCAGCAGGGCCCGUCGCCCACACAAUGCCAUCUUUGUGAACUUUGAUGAUGAGGAAAUCCCAGCUAAACCACUGGAUGCUGCUGUACAGACCUGGAAGAAAGUGUGCACCAAUCCUGUGGAUAAAAAGGUGGAGGAGGAGCUGAGAAAGCUCUUUGAAGUCCGUCCUGUCUGGUCUCGGAAUGCAGUCAAAGCCAACAUCAGUGUCCACCCGGACAAGCUGAAGCUGCUGCUGCCAUAUCUGGCCUAUUACAUGUUGACAGGUCCCUGGAGAAGCUUAUGGGUUAGGUUUGGGUAUGACCCCAGAAAACACCCUGAAGCAAAGAUUUAUCAAGUACUGGACUUCCGAAUUCGCUGUGGAAUGAAAUAUGGUUAUGCCCCUAAUGACAUGCCUGUGAAAGCAAAACGCAGCACCUACAACUACAGCCUGCCCAUCACUGUCAAGAAACAAGUCAGUCACACAGUCAGUGUCCACGACCUCAAACAGGGGCUGGGUACAGCUGGUGCAUCUGGGGCAAAAAAGCCCCCCUCCAGCAGGUAUAAACUGAAGGAAUCCAUCUAUAUUUUCCGAGAAGGAGCUUUACCCCCAUGUCGACAGAUGUUCUACCAGCUCUGUGACUUGAAUGUGGAGAGCCUGCAGAAGAUCAUCCACCGGAAUGACGGCACAGAGUCAGAAUGCACGGAGCGGGACGGGUGGUGCCUUCCCAAGACCAGUGAUGAGCUGCGGGACAGCAUGUCCCUGAUGAUAAAGCAGAUCAUCAGAUCCACAAGGCCUGCUCUUUUCUCAAAUACAACAAGCAGUGAAGACUGCAAAGAGCAGCUGGCAUACGAGACUGGAGAGGAUGAGGAGGAUGAAGAAGAGGAGGAAGAAGACUUCAAGCCUUCUGAUGGGAGUGAAAAUGAAAUGGAGACAGAAAUACUGGACUAUGUGUGAACUGGGUCAGCAGUCUGGCUGCUGUGGACAGAACUGUCUCUUGCUCCUUGAGAGCUGAGGGUUCAGAUCCAUGCCCAGGAUCUGGGAAAGCAGAGCUUGUACUACAAUGAUGCCACUCUCCCUGCACUAACUGCUGGUGGCCAUCAUUAUGGAUGUUUGGGAGUCUUUGCCUACAUUUUCAUAAUUGCUGGCUAAGAAAGCCUCCAGCAAGCUCAACAAACUCCCCAGAGCGAGCCCAGAAUCCAAACCAGCUGGUAAUACACCAGGAUAGAGGAGAAGCUGCAUUCCCAGAUCUCUCCAUGUGUGGGAAUUGCACUCUGUCCAGGUUGGUGGCUGUGUGGAAAAUGGAAAAGGUGCCUGAGGAGAUGCUGGAAGAAGCACUCCAGCAUUACUGGAGUCCCUAAGGCAGGUUCUGCCCUUCUGCUUGUCCAAAGGGAAUCAAAAUACUGUGCCUGCCUUCAGCACUGAGCAUUGCUGGCCAUUUUGGAAAUAAAGCCAGCAGGAAAACACA